GUAAUAUUUUUCAUGGAGUGACCCACCUGAAUUUUGAAUCCGUGUGAUUUUGGGACAUUAAUAGAACAUAAGGGGAGGUACAUGAUCGACGGAUUGGAUGUCAUGCAUACAUCACAGUGGGCCCCACACACCAUGUUGUAGAUUAAGCUUAAUAUACAAAACUUUGCAGCGGAUCCGGCUUUAGAAAAAGAAAUGGUUACUCUUUUUAAAGUCUCCCAUCUACUGCUCUCCACUGUUAGCUACAAACAUGAAGGUUCCCUCCUCAAAAACCUUUGAUUUUCUUCUUCUCUUCUCUUCCUUACUCUCUCUAUACACUCCCAUCACAGCCGACUACAUAUACCACAUAUGUUCAAACUCAUCUAACUACCCCAAAAACAGCACAUACCACAACAACCUCAAUUAUCUCCUCCCUUCAUUAACCACAAAUGGCCCAAUUACCGGCUUCUACAACACGACCGCCGGCGGUACCCCAAACAAAGUCUACGGUCUCGUUCUCUGCAGAGGUGACACCACACACGCCGAGUGCCGCAGCUGCAUCAACACCGCCAGCGAUGAUAUUGAGCAACGUUGUGUGGGGAAGAAACAAGGCAUCAUAUGGUACGAUGAGUGCUUGUUACGGUAUUCGAAUGUGUACUUCUUUUCGUCGCUAACACUGGAUAAGAAGGUUCACUUGUGGAAUACAAUGAAUGUGACAGACCCAGAUCGUUUUAAUGUGUUAUUGGGGAAGAUGAUGAAUAAUCUAUCGAAGCGGGCUGCGUUCGAUGACCGAAUGUUUGUGACGGGUGAGGAGAGAUUGACGAGCUACCAAAAUAUAUAUGGGCUAGUGCAGUGCACGAAGGACAUUUCUAGAGAGGAUUGUGAUGCAUGUCUACAAAGUGCUGUUGGGGACAUUCCAUCAUGCUGUAGUGGGAAGCAAGGUGGGCGGGUUCUUGGAUUCAAUUGUAUAUUGAGGUAUGAGAUAUAUCCCUUCUUCCAUGGAGCUUCUUCCACGGCUGCAACAUCUCCACCACCUGUGGAUGGCUUGGUGAAUUCUACAUCUACAGCUUCAACCAAAGGGAAAAGGAAGAAAUCGUUGGAAAAAGCUCUUGCAAUUGCCAUCCCCAUAUCUGUUUCUUUAGUGAUCUUCUUUGCUCUUUGUGCUUAUCUUUUAAAGAGAAAGACAAAGGAAACGCCAGAAGUUCAAGAGGAGAUUAGCAAUGUUGAAUCGCUAUUAUUUGACUUGGAUACGGUUAAGGCCGCAACUGGUAACUUCUCUAAUGCAAAUAAGCUUGGGGAAGGUGGAUUUGGUCCUGUUUACAAGGGUGAACUGCUGGAUGGGCGAGAAAUAGCGGUGAAAAGGCUUUCGAGGAAUUCAGGACAAGGAAUGGAUGAGUUGAAGAAUGAGAUUGUACUGAUUGCCAAACUUCAACACAGGAAUCUUGUUAGGCUCGUGGGUUGCUGCUUGGAAGGAGACGAGAAGCUGCUAGUGUAUGAGUAUGUUCCUAACAGGAGCCUUGACACAUUUCUGUUUGAUCCAACCAAACGUGCACAACUAGUUUGGGAGACCCGUCGCAAGAUAAUUUCAGGAAUUGCACGAGGAAUUCUCUAUCUUCACGAGGAUUCGCGGUUCCGAAUCAUCCACCGUGACAUAAAAGCUAGCAAUAUCUUAUUAGACAGGGAGAUGAGCCCUAAAAUCUCAGACUUCGGCAUGGCACGGCUUUUCGGAGUGGACCAAACUCGAGGCAAAACUAGAAAAAUCGUAGGAACAUACGGAUAUAUGUCGCCAGAGUAUGCGAUGCGCGGGCACUUCUCUGUUAAAUCUGAUGUCUUUAGUUUUGGUGUUCUGUUAUUAGAAAUUGUGAGUGGUCGAAGGAACAGUUCGUUUUAUCAAUUGGACUCUGCUCAAGAUCUUCUUGGCUACACAUGGAGACUCUGGAGAGAAGGCAAUGCAGUAGCACUGAUGGAUCCAUCAUUGGGUGAAUCAUGCACGAGAAGUGAUAUGUUAAGAUGCAUUCAUAUUGGAUUACUAUGUGUUCAAGAAAAUGCAGCAGAUCGUCCCACCAUGUCGGCAAUUGUUCUCAUGCUCAAUAGCUACUCCACGACUCUCUACACUCCGGCGCCACCGGCUUUCUUAGGUGGGAAGAGCUAUGGCGGAUUAGAUUUUCCCGCAAAAGGGCUGGAUGCCCAUGGUAGUGAAUCAGAUCGAUCAACCAUCGAGUGCCCACAUUGCUCUAUAAAUGAGGUGACUCUUUCUGAGCUUGAAGCUAGGUAAAGGAAUCGCUUAGCAUAACUCAAAACCAGUCCUGAGGUAUGUAUUAGUAAUUGUAGUAGUUAUUCGUACACUUGUAUGUGUGGUAGAGUCACUUUUGGGCCGUUGUUGGAUCGGAUGCAUGGUAUAAAGAUAGUCGAACAGACACACAUGGGUGGAGAAUUAGGAUUUAUAAAAAUAAUGAUUCGGCAUGUGGUUACUCA